UUUUCAUUUAUUUGCGCUGUUACAGUCGAAAGAUGGAAGAGGACUUUUCACCAACGCCGGAUUAUGAUAAGCACGGGUGGUUUUUAAAAAGUGUCGUUGAAAUUUUAUUUAAAAGCGUUGUAUUCGCGACGAACCGCGAUAAAGUUGUUUUAUGGAAACAUCCGGAGGAGCUUUUAAAAGUUUUCGAUUUUUCUCUUCGGCAGACGGGGGUCGCGCAAGAUAAGUUAUUAACUCUAAUUAAAAAUACCAUCAAGUAUAGUGUGAAGACGGGGCAUCCUUAUUUUGUUAAUCAAUUAUUCUCCGGUUUGGACCCUUAUGGGCUCGUCGGGCAGUGGAUAACGGAUGCCUUAAACGCAAGCCUCUACACUUACGAAGUUGCACCGGUUUUUACUUUAAUGGAAUCCGGUGUAAUUCGUGAAAUGUGCGGUAUGAUCGGUCCCGAUUGGAAAGAUGGGAUGUUUUGCCCUGGAGGUUCUAAUGGAAACGGAAUUGCGUUGAACUUAGCCCGAUUUCGACUGAAUAAAAACGUGAAGAGAACGGGUAUGUCCCAAUCCCCACGACUCGUCCUGUUUACCUCCGAAGAGGCACAUUAUUCAAUACAAAAGUUUGCAUCAUUCAUCGGUAUCGGCGAGGAUAAUGUAAUUCUUGUGCAAACGGAUAAAGUCGGUAGAAUGAAACCCGCGAGCCUGGAAGAGUGCAUCCGGAAUCAAAUCGAUUUUGGUGCAACACCGUUUGCAGUCGUAGCCACUUUAGGAACAACGGUUCGGGGAGCAUUUGAUCCCUUAUAUCAAAUUUCGACGGUUUGUAAUAAGUAUGGGUUGUGGCUUCAUGUAGACGCAGCGUGGGGCGGAGGCCUAAUUUUCUCGCAAAAACACCGCGCUAAACUAAACGGAAUUGAAACUGCCAAUUCCAUUAUUAUAAAUCCCCACAAACUUCUGGCAGCACCUCAGCAGUGCUCCAUUUUGUUUGUUAAGGACGAAAACAUACUCCACGAAUGUCAUUCUAAGGGUGCCGAAUAUCUGUUCCAAAAAGACAAGUAUUACGAUCAGUGGUACGAUCCCGGUGACAAAUACUUGCAAUGCGGAAGGAAAUGUGACGUGUUUAAGUUUUGGCUAAUGUGGAAGGCUAAGGGAUCGUCGGGUUUUGCAAAGCACGUCGACUCCAUAAUGGAUGUUGCCGAAUAUUUUGAAAGGCAAGUGCUGAUCCGACCAGAAUUUCAAUUGGUGUCAAAACGGCAAUAUAUCAACGUUUGCUUUUGGUAUUUGCCGCGAUACUUACAAAAGAAGAAGGAUGUAAUGGAUUACAGCAUGCAGUUACACAAAGUGGCGGCACAGAUCAAAGCUGUAAUGGUGAAGCACGGAUCGAUUAUGCUGGGAUAUCAACCCUUGAAGGAGUUUCCUAACUUUUUCCGUUUCGUUUCGCAAAACUCUUCAUUGAGUACAAGAGAUGUCGAUUUCAUUUUAGAUCACAUUGCAGAAAUAGGUACUGGGUGUUUAGAAGAGCUGCCAGCAUUUAAUGCAAUUACAGAGAAAUACUCCUUUCCAGAAAUCUGUUCAAACGGCAGAAUGUUCAAUCUGAAGAAUCUGGACUGAACAAAGUAAUUAAGUAGGUAAAUUAGGAUAACAAUUAUUGCAUAGAUUAAGUUACGGUGCGAUUUCAGUGCAAGAACGUAUCGUUUGCAAAUUAUAAAUGA